AGCGAACGAGCGAAGGAAGGAACACGCUCUCGGUGAAGUCGCCGAUUCGAAUAUCCGUCGCAGUCGUGGAUGCUCAGUCGAAGCAGCGGGAUCGAGAGCAGGAGAGGCGAACAAACCGCGAUCGCGAUCGAUCGCGAUCGAUCGAUAUUUUCUGGUGUCCCGUGUCGAUUUUACUAUUGGACAGUGAUAUAAGGUGCUAUUGGAAAUUUCGAAAGAUCUUCCUUCCUUUAUCGUGAUAUAUCUUCAAAAAAUUGAUCAAAUGAUUUAUCAUUGAUCUUUAUAUCGAAAAACAAGCUGAUUUUGUGUUUGUAAAUAAAUAAAUAUAGUUUUAAUAGUGAUCUCUGGGUAAUCUUUGAUAUUAUUGAAUUACCAUUCAAAUCGACUUGAAAGAUAUCGAUCUUUGGAGGAGGAUCUAUGAAGUUACGAUUCAUCAAAUAAACACGCUUUCAAGUUUACAACGAGAUGAUUGCUACUUAGAAAAUCAUUUAAAGCUAUCGUACGAUUAAAAUUUUUCUUAGUGACGAAAGAGAUAGCAAUCAAAGCGUUAAUUGGAAAUGGAGAAACCUUGAAUUUACCAGCACAGAUAAUAACAUCGCACAAUUGGCUUUCGUGCUCGAAGGAAGAGGAUUCAACGACUGUUCUUCUUCGUAUGUAUGUAUAUAGGACCAUUUUCGGUGUCGAUCCUCGCGAGAUGUGGACGAGCAGGAGCAUGGGUCUCCUGAUAACGACAAUGAUCGUUCUGAUUGGCGAUCGAACGACGAAUUCUCAAAAGCCUCGUCUUGGUGGUGCCGUAAAUGUCUUCACUCGCUACGGUUACCUCAGCAUCAGUAUGAGGGUUGUGCCGCGUAACGACACAGACACUUGGAUAUUCCGCGAGCCAACUUUGGAUGUCUUUAGGAAUCCAAUGGCGAUGCCACCGAAUCAAUUACAGCAAGGAAAAUCUAUGACAAGCGUAUUCGAUGGUGAUUUUCACAUGGAAUUUUGUGACAACGUAAGACAACUCCUACAGGCAUACUUCCGUGAUUUCGCUUUCGAGAAAUUAGAAAGACCCUGGCGAGCGUUCACUGGCAGUUGGUCCAAGGCCGCCAUAGCUAGGCAUCUUGGUAUCAACUCGUCUUUCAUCGGUGGUGAUUAUUGUUAUGUCCUUGUACGGGUCGCCAGAUUUCGAGAUAAUCAGAAAUUAGUUGCCACUGCUGAAUCUUUACUCCUUGAUGAAGUUGUACUCAGGGAAACAGAAAACGUCACAGUUGGUGAUACCUUUAGUGUCGUUAAUUUCAUCAGGAAUUAUGGCUCUCAUUAUAUCGCUUCUUAUAUCACUGGAAAUUCACUCUAUCAGGUAUUUGUUUAUACCCCUCAAGUAUAUCUACGUAUAAAAGAACGUUUGAAAACAAGGGGUGUCUCGGAGCUUUCGACCUUGGAACUGAACAAUUAUUUCUCACCUUGGUACGCUGAACACAUGGGUGCCAUACAAUCCGCUAGUGGUAAUCGUUCAGUAGAAGCUUGGGCUGUCGAGAGACUCCGAGUACAGUAUUACAUCUUCUCGUAUGCUAGCUUGCUGAAGCUUCAUGGUGAUGCGGCCUUGCUUAGACAAUUGGAUGGCUUGCUCGGAAACGAGGCACUAUUACAACUCCAACUUCGUACCUUGGCGCCAGUUUUUAAGAAUUCGAAGAGACGCGAGUGGUUCCUAGAAGUGAUCGACAAUUAUUUUAAGCUUUGGGAAGUGAACAUGUGAAGAGAUGAUCAAAUUGCGACUCGACGAGAAUGCUACGUCGUAAAGAAAAAAGAAAAAAGAAAAAAGAAAAAAGAAAAAAAAAAGAAGAAAGAAGUUUCGUUUCAUUGUGAUUCGCGUCCAAGUUAAGGACGUUAGAGGAAUAUGGUGGUACGAUCUUCGAGAUGAUUCGGCUGAUGAUCGAAAACCGGUUCGGUGAUUCCAUGGAUUUCCUCUUUGAUUAAACGUUCCUGGAAGCCGUACUAAACUAUAUAUUACGUACACUUUUCACGUAUUUAGCCCAAACUGUUAUUGUUAUAAAUAAGUAUUUAUUAUUAUAAUCGUUAAUAGAAAACAUUUUUAUACAAAAAGUUUUUCAUAUAUCACAAGCGUUAUUCAAUAAGAUCUCUGAUCGGAAAACGCACUGAUUGGAACGCGUUAUAUAGAAAAUCGAUCCAUCGAAUUAAUAUUUUCAUCGUGAUUUUCUUGAAUAAGAAGGAACGAAAGUGAGUUCAAUUAGUAAUGAAUCAAUCGCACUCGAUGGAUUGCUUCUAAAUUUAAAGAUUUAUAGACAUAACGCGUUGCACAUUAUAACAGGAUAUUUUCUGUUAAAUAAAACAGCGGCGUUUUCCGUUUGAUUAUUUACCUUAAUUCAUUUGAUAUUAGGAUUAAAUUAUCUGACGUAAUUCGUUUUACGAUUACACAUGUUGGACGGUAAUGAUGAUAAUUGUUAUCGUCGUUAUUUUUGUUUUUUUUCUUUAUAUACGUAUAUAUAUAAAUAUAUAUAUAUACAAGAGAAAAACUUAUUCUAUUGGCACGAUGAACCUACUGGGGGUUAGAUAUUAGAAAACAAUGCGAACUUUAUGAUUUUACGCAGUUUUCUAUUAUUAUACACGAUCAUUGCCGGAUUGAAUAUGUUUUUAUCGAAAUUUGAUCGUAUUAUAUUAUAGUAUUUUAAAUGAUAAAAAAACGCUAUUAACGCGUAUCACUUCGUAUAUUGUGCUCUUUAAAAAGUAUUUCGAUAAAAGACUUGUAUAUAUUGUUUAUCGGUAGAAUUAUUUGUUGUACGUUUAUCAUACAUAGAUGGGUCAAGUUAAACUUAUGCAAACUGUAUAAUUGUAUCGACUCGAUAUUCAGAUUGUCUUUAGAAUAUUGUGCUUUAAAAUUUUUUCUCCGGUUACGGACAAUGAAAGUAUCUAUACGUAUAUAUUUUCUAUAAAGAGUAUCACUAUUAAUUGACAUCUAUAACAAGAAAGAAAAAAAAUACUUUCAAAUAUUGCAAAGUGACGUGCUUCUUAUAUCACACAUAUAUUCAACGCCAUUGAUUAUAGAACUCGGAGCUCACUGUGUUUUUUACCAUGUAAUCAGUGAACAUUCUUAAUACGAUACAACAUGAUAAUACAAUAACUUAGUGUAACAUAAACAUAUCAAACAUGUUUUCAAGAGUCUUCAACAAUCAACGUAAAUAAUAGACUGAAAAUACAUCCUAUAAUACAAA